AUGACUUUGGACAAAGACUCCAUGGAGGAGCUCAGUAUUGACGUGGUGGGAGACUGUAAAAAAGACACUAAAAAUCAUACAUCACCUUCAGGGGAUUUAAGAAGUACAACAGGACGAAACCACGUACCAUCAUCUCCAAAGCAAGAGAGCUCGGUCAAGGAUAAGGACAUUUCUCCGACAACCUGCAAUGUCUCUGCUCUUAGAGGUACAGCUUCGGUUAAGCCGCCAUACUCUUAUAUUGCACUUAUUACGAUGGCAAUUCUUCAAAGCCCUAAGAAGCGCCUCACUUUAAGUGAGAUUUGCGAAUUCAUCAGCCAACGCUUUGCGUAUUACCGAGAGAAGUUCCCGGCGUGGCAGAAUUCAAUCCGACACAACUUGUCCCUGAAUGACUGCUUUGUUAAAAUGCCUAGAGAGCCCGGUAACCCCGGAAAAGGCAACUACUGGACUUUAGACCCCAUGUCGUCCGAUAUGUUUGAGAAUGGAAGUUUUCUGCGACGGAGGAAGCGCUUCAAACGACAACAUUUUCGAUUCGGAAUGGUGAAAGAAACACCACUGGAGCUCACGGCUCUACCGAGUUUCGCCUACAGUGCUUACAGUAUGGGAAACGCGUGUAUUCAGCUUCCCAAUUUAGAGCUGUAUCAAAUGGGCAUCGACCCUCAUCCAAACUCGUCCUGUUCUCCAUCUAUUCCUCCUGUGGGCAGCAUUUUGCCAACACUUUCCACGCUUUUCUCCCGGACUUCAAAUUCAGGACCUAAAACUUUUCUUCCGCCACCGUCUCUCACCCUUGAGUCUCUCGAUGGUAAUCGCUGUACGACAGUGCCUUCUGCUCUGGUACCCAGCUCUCCGUUCCUUUCUCCGGCUGCGCUCCCUUCCAUUGGAGCUCCCCAUCUUCUCAACCUUCAUCAGGAAUACCAUAAACUGCAUUCUCUCCACAACUCAGUACUAGCCAAUAAACUCUUACAGCACAUCGGCGAAGCCAGCAAGUAA